GAAAUUUUAUGCUCUGGGAGACUAAAUUUGAAAUAUUAAAGUUUUGAAGGCCUAGCAUAAAAACCCUAAUUAUUAUUAGGGAGCAAGGAUGUUCUCUCUCCUUUCUCGUCCAGAAGGUCCGAAACCUUAUCACAAUACCGCAACCACUGCUCCCCCCUCCUCGCUCGAUGACGGCUCAAGCACCACCCUCCUUCCCUUCAUGGGCCGAACUCUUGGGCUCCGACAAGUGGGCCAACCUCUUAAACCCCCUCGACCUCUCCCUCCGCCGUCUUAUCCUCCGCUGCGGCGACUUCUGCCAAGUCACGUACGACGCCUUUCAUCGAGUGCCGCACUCUUCUCGCUUACUGCGGUGCCAGCGAUACGGCAAGCGCAACCUACUCCCCAAAUCUAACUUCCCUUUCGCCGAAGAAUACUCCGUCGCCGACUUCCUCUACGCCACCUCCGACCUCGGGCUUCCCAUUGCCUUCCUCUUCUCUCUCUCCCGUGAAUCCUGGAGCAUGGAAUCCAAUUGGAUUGGAUACAUAGCCGUCUCCUCUGACUCUGCCGCAGUCGCCAAUGGUCGUCGAGAGAUCUAUGUCGUUUGGCGAGGGACGAUCAGAGAUCUUGAGUGGGCCGACGUGAUAAAGCCUGAACUCGUUUCAAUCCAGCCCAUUUUGUCCACCGAGGACGAGAAAGUAAUGAAGGGUUGGUUCACUAUGUAUACCUCUUCUGAUGCGAAAUCUCCAUUCAAUAAGUUGAGCGCUAGAGACCAGCUUUUAUCCAGAGUCAAGACUCUGGUUGAGCUCUAUAGUGGCGAAAACUUGAGCAUAGUCUGCGUCGGCCACAGCCUUGGAGCCAGCUUGGCCAUUUUAAGCGCGUUCGACAUUGUGGAAAGUGGACUGUCGAAAAUAUCCAACGGCAAAAAUCACUUCCCCGUUGCCGCAAUUGUAUUCGGCAGUCCACAGGUCGGUAACAAAGCCUUCAACGACAAACUUGAAAAUCUACCAAAUCUCAGUGUUCUUCACGUCAAGAACAAGAUUGACUUGAUCCCUUUAUACCCAAGUGGGCUACUUGGGUACGUUUACACUGGAACAGAGCUUGUCGUCGACGCCAGGAAAUCGCCAUUCUUGAAGGAUUCAAAGAAUUCGAGCGAUUGGCACAAUCUGCAGGGGAUUUUGCACGCGGUUGCAGGGUGGACUGGUGAAAAGGGGGAGUUUGAGUUGAAGGUGAAGAGGAGUGUUGGGUUAGUGAAUAAGAGCUCGGAGUAUUUGAAGGACGAGUUGUUGAUUCCUGGGUCUUGGUGGGUUGAGAAGAAUAAGGGGAUGGUGAUUAAGGAGGAUGGAGAUUGGGAGUUGGCUGAGUUGGAUGAAGAUGAUUUGCCUGCUCCUCCUGAUUCUUCUACUUAUGUUCCAAGUGAUGGUGAUUUGAAAUUGAAACCUGGUGUUGAUUCUUCUUCUUCUAUUUCUGCUACUGGGAAGAGGGGAAGCUCUAAAAGUGGAUUGUUCUGCAAAUGUUUUGGAGGUGUUUGAAUAAUUGGAUUUGAUUUGGUUUAUCUUUGGCCUGUUAUCUAUGUUUGGGUACUAAGUAUUGAUGUAAAUUUAUUUAGAUCGAAGUGUUUGAGAGCUUUUUAUUUUCAUCUAAUUUGAUUAUUAGUGUGAAAAAGUUUUAUUACUCUAUUAUUUCAAAGCUCAAAAUUAUGGUAAAGGUUGCAGAUUA